GAGGGGUGGGGCCGGGCGGAGGCUCCUCGGCGGCGGCACCCGGAGAGCGGCGGCGCGCGAGCCGCGGCGGCGUCGGGGUCGCUGUGGGUGGAGCGGAGCGGAAGGACGGCGGUGUCGGUGCGCGAUGGCGGCGGCGGCCUACGAGCAGCUGAAGCUGCAUAUUACACCUGAAAAGUUUUAUGUGGAAGCUUGUGAUGAUGGAGCAGAUGAUGUACUCACCAUUGACCGAGUGUCCACAGAGGUCACCCUUGCAGUCAAAAAAGAUAUACCUCCUUCAGCUGUUACGAGACCAAUAUUUGGGAUACUGGGCACAAUCCAUCUGGUGGCAGGUAAUUAUCUUGUCGUCGUUACCAAAAAGAUGAAAGUAGGUGAAUUUUUUAAUCAUGUAAUCUGGAAAGCCACAGAUUUUGAUGUUCUUUCUUAUAAGAAGACAAUGUUGCACUUAACUGAUAUUCAGUUGCAAGAUAACAAAACUUUCCUAGCAAUGCUAAACCAAGUCUUGAGUACAGAUGGAUUUUACUUUUCAACAACAUAUGAUUUGACCCAUACUUUGCAACGGCUAUCUAACACCAGUCCAGAAUUCCAAGAAAUGAGUCUCUUGGAAAGGGCAGAUCAGCGGUUUGUGUGGAAUGGGCAUCUGCUCAGAGAACUGUCUGCUCAGCCAGAGGUCCACCGGUUUGCUCUUCCAGUGUUACAUGGCUUUAUUACUAUGCACUCGUGUUCUAUUAAUGGAAAAUACUUUGAUUGGAUUCUCAUCUCCCGAAGAAGUUGUUUCAGGGCUGGUGUGCGUUAUUAUGUAAGAGGAAUUGAUUCUGAAGGCCAUGCAGCUAACUUUGUAGAGACAGAGCAGAUUGUGCACUACAGUGGGAACAGGGCAUCAUUUGUACAGACUCGAGGAUCAAUACCUGUUUUCUGGUCACAAAGACCAAAUCUAAAGUAUAAACCACAGCCACAGAUCAACAAAGUAGCAAAUCAUAUGGAUGGUUUUCAAAGGCAUUUUGAUUCACAAGUAAUUAUUUAUGGAAAGCAGGUCAUAAUUAAUCUGGUGAACCACAAGGGAUCAGAGAAACCACUUGAGCAAACAUUUGCAAAAAUGGUGUCAUCCUUGGGUAGUGGGAUGAUCAGGUACAUUGCCUUUGAUUUCCAUAAGGAGUGUAAAAAUAUGAGAUGGGAUCGACUCAGCAUUUUAUUGGAUCAGGUAGCAGAAAUGCAGGAUGAAUUAAGUUAUUUUUUAGUAGACUCUGACGGCAAGGUCGUGACGAACCAGGAAGGCGUUUUCCGCAGCAACUGCAUGGAUUGUCUAGACAGAACAAAUGUGAUACAGAGUUUAUUAGCUCGGCGUUCCCUUCAGGCCCAGCUGCAGAGACUAGGAGUUUUGCAUGUGGGACAAAAGCUUGAAGAACAAGAUGAAUUUGAGAAGAUUUACAAAAAUGCCUGGGCUGAUAAUGCUAAUGCUUGUGCCAAGCAGUAUGCAGGCACUGGUGCCUUGAAGACUGACUUUACCAGAACUGGAAAAAGAACUCAGUUGGGACUUUUAAUGGAUGGCUGCAACUCAUUAUUACGGUAUUACAAGAACAACUUUUCGGAUGGAUUUAGACAAGAUUCCAUAGACUUAUUUCUUGGAAACUAUUCAGUGGAUGAAUUAGAAUCUCAUAGUCCUUUAAGUGUUCCAAGGGACUGGAAAUUCCUGGCGUUGCCCGUCAUCAUGCUUGUUGCCUUUUCAAUGUGCAUCAUCUGCUUGCUUAUGGCUGGUGACACAUGGACAGAAACACUGGCUUAUGUCCUCUUCUGGGGAGUUGCAAGCAUUGGUACAUUUUUUAUUAUUCUUUACAACGGCAAAGAUUUUGUUGACGCUCCUAGAUUGGUACAGAAAGAAAAGAUAGACUGAAUUUGUGUUUGUGGAAAGCGGCUUGGCUUGGAAGACUCCAUGAUGCAGAACUGGAGUCUUUACUGACCUGCUUUCCACAUGAACCCCAAGGUCAUCUUCAAGCUUUGAUCCAGAAACACCUCUUGUGGUCUGGGCUGGGUAUGUCUUAGAAUUAAUCUGAUAUUACUGCUUUGAUGAUCUCUUUACAGUUGGGAUGGUUAUAUUUAUAAUUUGAAGCUAUACUGUAAUUGAAAUGUAACUUAAAUUCAGCUCACAAAUCAGAAGUCUAUUCACUGUCAAGUUAAAUCAGAAGUUCACAGAUAAGUAAUAUAUUUUAAAAAGUUAACUUCUUUCAUUAUUUAAGACAAAUUUAUUUUUCUAGCUGUUUCAUUAUUGUCAUUGUAAAGCAGUCACUAUUAGCUAGCAUAUUUUCCAUGUAUCUUUGGACUUUUCUUAAAAAGUUUAAUAUAUGCUAAUUCUACUAUGUUUAUAGAAUGUCUCAAAGUUACAAUAGUUGUGGUUUCACAGGAAGGAAGAGGACAAUGGGAUCUGAAGUUGUUUUAUAGUUUCUAGUAGCUGCCCUUGACUUCAGCAGCUGGAGCUGCUGUCGUGCCCUAGCAGCUUAAAUGUCGUGAAAAGUUGAGAUAUAUUUUAUCUUUUUUAGAAGGUAUAAAUGAAAUCAAAUGAAAUGUAAAGUCUGUCUCUUCUGCUAAAGGUCCAAAGUUGCCUCUUUUUAAGAACUGCUCCAUUGUGGAAAAUACACUAGACUGGACAGUUUCUUCCUCCCAUAUCUUGUAGGACGUUUUGUUUGUUUGUUUGUUUUUUCCUUUUGGGUACUCAUUGAGACAUGCAGGCCUCAGAGAGGGUCUUAUGCUAGAUUCUAUUCACAUUUGGGGGUAGCAGCUGCUUUUUGUGCAUGGUACUCUUGCUUUAUCACUCUGUCAAUAAGUGUCUGAAAUUUAGUGCUUCCAGGUAGCCAUAGUUCUCCAAAUCAAGGACCAACUUUAAUUUAUGCAUAAAUCAGACUGAAAACUACGCUUCAGAAGCUGUGCAUAGCUGUAAUUGUAAGACAGGUUCUAUAUUAAAAUUGUAAUUAUGAGGUUUAGCUGUUACAGCAGUAUAUAAGGUAGUGUUACUGCACUAUCUUAAAACAAUUCGGCUAAACACUGCUGUGGCACGUCAGUGUUUGGCUUGAAAAUAGGUAGGUUUUUUUUUCUAAUUAUAGUACCAUAUGUUGUCCUUAAAUAUUUCUAUAAAGCGCCUUUAUUUCAACAUUACUUUUUUUCAACAUUACCUUUUAUACACAAUAAGAGUUACUGCUUUUAGAAACUCUGGGAAAAUCUUGUGUAGCUUAAUCAGUCAUUAAAACUCACAAUAGGGUAAGUAAAUAGCACCACCUGUUCUGACAUGUAAAUAGGUAUGAUUUGUUCCAAAGAUGGACUAUUGCCCAGCCCAUGUCUGCAGUGAUACAUUUCAGCUACUGGGCACUUCACAGUGAGCACUUCAUGUCAACAGCUAUAGCAGACGUCAAAUCUGAACCAUUCAUGCGGCUGCUUUGCAAGGACUAAUGUCAGAGGGUUAGGCUGAGAGUGACCAAUGUUUCAAAGCCCUGCAGUAAUUUUGUUUAAUUCAUUUACUGUGCAUCUAUAUGCAAAAAUAAAAUGGCAUAUUCUUUUCUAA